AUGGGAGACGACGGCAAAACUAAGAGAAUUGCCAUAAUUGGCGUGUCUACCUUCUUAUUAGUAGCUAUGGUAGCAGUGGCCGCGGUUAGUGUGAGUCUCGGCAAAAAAGAAGCAAUAGAAGAGACAAAUGAUUCACAUGUAUCUUCGUCAAUGAAAGCUGUUAAAAGUCUUUGUGCACCAACAGAUUACAAAGAAGAAUGCGAGGAAAGUCUUACAUCACAAGCUGGAAACACAACUGAUCCAAGAGAACUCAUCAAAAUCGCGUUCAACAUAACCAUCACAAAAAUUAGCAAAGAGCUUGAAAACACUCAACUCCUUAAAGAUCUUGAAAAAGAUCCAAGAACAAGUGACGCAUAUGACACAUGUAAGGAACUCAUGCAUCAUUCCAUUGAGGAAUUCAAAAGAUCAUUGGAAAGCUUUAGUCAAUUUGACCUUAAUAACCUCGACAGAAUCUUUGCGAGUCUUAAGGUUUGGUUGAGUGGUGCAAUAACAUACCAAGAAACUUGUUUGGAUGCUUUCGAGAACACUACGGGUGAUGCUGGUCAGAAAAUGCAGGAGGUUUUAAAAGCAUCUAUGCAUAUGAGUAGUAAUGGUCUUUCCAUAAUUAACGAACUUUCUAGAUUCUUAACAAGCAUGAAACCUCCGUCUCGUCGUCUUUUGGAUGAAUCUGAUGUUGAUCCCGAUGUUAUUGGUCAUGGUGAUUUUGAGCUUCCUGAAUGGGUUGAAGAUCGCGUCGGUGUUAGGAAACUACUUAAAAUGACCGGAAGAAAACUUAAUGCUCAACUCGUUGUUGCUAAGGAUGGAAGUGGAAAUUGUACCACAAUCAAUGAAGCUCUUACCUUUGUCCCCAAAAAGAAUAAGAGGCCUUUUGUUAUUUACAUAAAAGAAGGUGUUUAUAGCGAAUACGUUGAAGUUCCUAGAAACUUAACUCACGUCGUUUUCCUCGGUGAUGGUGCUAAGAAAUCUCGUAUUACUGGUAACAAAAACUUCAUUGAUGGCAUUGGUACCUUCAGAACCGCAACCGUUGCUGUUCUUGGAGAUUUCUUUGUUGCACUUGGUAUUGGUUUUGAAAACACUGCUGGAGCAAUAAAGCAUCAAGCUGUUGCACUUAGAGUCCAAUCAGACAGAUCAAUCUUCUACAAAUGUAGAAUGGAUGGUUACCAAGAUACACUUUACGCUCACACCAUGCGUCAAUUCUAUCGCGACUGCACCAUCUCAGGUACCAUAGACUUUGUGUUUGGCGAUGCGGUUGCUGUUCUACAAAACUGCACAUUCGUUGUCCGAAGGCCAAUGGAAAACCAACAAUGCAUUGUAACAGCACAAGGUAGGAAAGAAAAAACACAACCAUCAGGAUUGGUCAUUCAAGGAGGCUCCAUUGUGUCGGACCCUGCAUACUAUCCAGUUAGGUUUGACAACAAAGCUUACCUCGCUCGUCCAUGGAAGAAUUUCUCAAGAACUAUCUUCAUGGAUACAUACAUCGGCGACUUGAUUACACCUGAUGGUUACAUGCCAUGGCAAACACUUACAGGAAUAACAGGAACUGAAACAUGUUUCUAUGCUGAAUACAAUAAUCGUGGUCCUGGUGCUGAUGUUUCAAAGCGUGUCAAAUGGACCGGUGUUAAAACUAUCACAUCGGAAGGAGUAACUGGUUUCUUGCCAUCAAGGUUUUUCCUUGGAGAUGAUUGGAUUAAAGUUACUAGCGUUCCUUAUUAUCCCGGAGGAGCUACGGGUUCUUCUAGAGUCCCAACUCAUUGA